UCUUGCUUCUCCUCCACAGCCUUCGAUUACACCAUAGAAACACAACUACCACCACAACAAAACUUAACCUCUCUCAGCUCUGAAGUCUGUGCAAAACAGAAACACCGAGUUCAUCUGAGUUGAGUAGUCGAGUUCACUAUGGCUUCAAUGGUCUCCACUCACUGUCCCCAGUUCACUGGCCUACGCAGAUCAUCUCCGUCGAAACUCGAAACCUUUCAUUCUCGGUCCUUCUCUCAACACGUGAACUCUCACAUCCGUCUCAUUUCUUCUCGGAAACCUUCCCGCGCCGUCGUCUCCAUGGCAAGCAAUAACAAGUUCUUCGUUGGCGGCAACUGGAAGUGUAAUGGGACAAAGGACUCUAUCAGCAAGCUUGUUUCAGAUUUGAACAAUGCCAAGUUGGAGGCUGAUGUUGAUGUUGUUGUAGCACCGCCCUUUGUGUACAUUGAUCAGGUGAAGAAUUCAUUAACAGGUAGAAUUGAGAUAUCUGCUCAGAACUCUUGGGUUGGAAAAGGAGGAGCAUUUACGGGAGAAAUUAGUGUGGAACAAUUGAAAGAUACAGGUUGCAAGUGGGUUAUUCUUGGGCAUUCUGAGCGUAGACAUGUCAUUGGUGAGGAUGAUCAGUUUAUAGGAAAGAAAGCUGCCUAUGCCCUGACUGAGGGUCUUGGUGUCAUAGCUUGUAUUGGGGAAAAGUUGGAAGAAAGAGAAGCAGGAAAAACUUUUGAUGUCUGUUUUCAGCAACUCAAGGCUUUUGCAGAUGCUGUUCCCAGUUGGGAUAAUGUAGUUGUUGCAUAUGAGCCUGUUUGGGCUAUUGGAACUGGUAAAGUGGCCACACCAGUGCAGGCUCAGGAAGUACAUGCAGCUUGUCGUGAUUGGCUUAAAAAUAAUGUCUCAGCAGAAGUUGCUUCUAAAACACGAAUUAUUUAUGGAGGGUCAGUAAAUGGAGGCAACUGUGCUGAACUUGCAAAGCAAGAAGAUAUUGAUGGUUUUCUUGUUGGUGGAGCUUCUUUGAAGGGGCCUGAGUUUGCUACCAUUAUCAACUCCGCAACUUCCAAGAAAGUAGCUGCUUGAUUUAUACCAUGGUUUUUACAAGGACAAUAAAUUAAGGGCUGCGAGAAUUUAUUUCAGUUUGAAUGUAGGCUUACCAUUGUAAUCCAAUAAGACCACCCUGUUUUUACAAUUCCUUCUGUUUUGAUCCAGUUUUCUAUUUUGUAUUGUCUAAAAGGUAGGAAAUUCCUUCUGUUUGGUGGGUUGAAGUUACUUAUAUUAGAAAAACAGAAGAUAUCCAUCCUAAUCAUGUUGGCAUAAUAUUCAUGAUUUUCUUUUUCUGGGGAAAUUCGAUAUACCAGGCUUUGAAAAAUAAAUAUGCAUCUUUGUUAA